GGAUUUUGAAAAUAAAGAUUAAAAAUCUUUAAUCAAUGAAAAUUAAAGCCUACCUUAAUAAGAACCAAUUUCAUAAGGCACCGCUAUCAUGCCUAGAUUGGAGUAAUAAUGAGGAAAUUUAUAGUGUGAGCGAUGACCAUCAAAUUUGUAAAUGGAGUUCUGUAUUGCGUGAAAAUGUUGAAAUUGCUAAAUUACCAGAAGACUUUAUACCGACAGAUUUACAUUGGACUGUUUCUAAAAGUGGUGGUAAAGGUGGGGGUGAUUCAUUAUUAAUUUCCAGUAACGAUGGACGUUUCAUAAUUUUAAAUAAAAGUGCACGACUUGAAAGAAGUAUAGCAGCUCAUACAAUGUCAAUAACAUCGGGUCGUUGGAGUCCAGAUGGAGCAAGUUUAUUAACAGCUAGUGAAGAUGGUAUAAUAAAAAUAUGGUCAAGAUCUGGUAUGCUUCGGUCAACAGUAAUACAAUCUGACGAAUCGAUUAGAUGUGCUCGUUGGUCAGGUAAUUCGCAAUCAAUCGCAUUUUGUCAAAAUGGUUACAUUUUAGUGAAAUCAUUAGCUGCAAACAGUAAAUUAACAAAGUGGCGCGCCCAUGAUGGUCUCAUUUUAAGCUUAAGUUGGUCUCCAACUCUUAAUUUAAUAGCCUCUAGUGGGGAAGACCUUCGUUAUAAAAUUUGGGAUCAACAAGGUGUUAAUAUUUACAUAAGCCAAACCAGUGAUUACGUCAUUACUUCAGUUGAAUUUUCACCAAACCAGGAUUUGUUAGCUGUAGGAGGGUUCAACGUUCUCAAACUGUGCAGUAGUAAUGGUUGGUCUUAUAAUAAUUGCCGUUUUAAUUCACCGCCACUUGGAUCAAUUUAUAAUAUUAUUUGGUCACCAGAUGGCACUCAGGUGGCAACAGGAAGCUCUAGUGGAAAUCUUGUUUUUGGUCAUCUAUUUGAUCACCAAUUAUAUUCUAAGAACUUGAAAGUCAAAACAACCGGACGAAAAUCAAUUUUUUUGAAAGAUAUUGUGAGCGGUUCGACAGAUGUUUUAGAUUUCCCAGAUCGAAUUAUAAAUCUAGCAUUAAAUUAUGGACAUUUAGUUGUAGCAACUCCAAACCAAAUUCAUAUUUUCAAUGAAAACUACAUUAAUACUCCAAUUAUAGUUGAUGGUAGAAGUGACACAAAAAUAUUAGAGCUUGGAAAAAAAUUCUUUUUAGCUGUAGAUUUUUCAUCAAUAUGGAUUUAUUCUUAUACUGGCCGUUUACAUUUAAAUCCCAGAUUUCCAGGUUCUCAAGCUCAAAUACAAAAUGUAAUAAAAAGAUUAAUUUCAAUUGGUUUAGAUGUUUUGGCUGUACGAGAUUCAUCAGAUACCUCCGUGAUUUACAUUUUUGACUUAAUGCCUGGAGCAUCUAGACAAGUUGAACCAUUAGCUAUUAACACAAAAACUCACGUUUUAGAAGUUGCAACAUGUCGCUCUGGUGCGCCAGAAGAUCAGUAUCUUGUUUAUAUUGAUGUCAAUCGCGAACUUUUUAUAAUAUCAACUAAAGGUGGAAAUGAUGAAACCCCACAAAAAAUUGGUACUCAAGUUAUGUCUGUUAUGUGGGGUAGUGCAACAAAUAUAUUAGUGGGAUUACAUGACAAUUGUUACAGUAUUUGGUAUUGCCCUAAAGAAAGUAGUAAUGACCAAAUUUUGCUUGCCUUGACAACAAUCACACAUGAAUCAAGCGAAUUCGGGAAAAAUGUUGCCCUUGAAUCUUUUGAAAGUGCAGUAAUUACAUUUUGUUCAUCUGGAGCUUUGUUUACAAUUAAUGUAAACAUUUAUUGUGAAAUUAUGCAUCAUUGCCUGAUAGCAGGACAAUGGCAGAAAGCCUUAAAUAUUUGCAGAAUAGCUCAAAGUACAGUACUUUGGGCCACUCUUGCGGCAUACGCAAGUAAGCAUAAUCAAUUAGAAAUUGGUGAAGAAGCUUAUUCUGCUGCGUUGCAAAUUGAUAAAGUUGACUAUCUGCAGUAUAUAAGGAGUUUACCACCUGGUGGUCCUGAACAAAUGGCGGAAAACUCUUUAAUGUUAGGACGAUUAAUUGAAGCUGAAACUAUUUUGAUACAUAACAAAAAAGUUAAAGAAGCAAUUGCAUUAUGUAUAAGAAUGCAUAAUUGGAGAAGAGCGUUAGACAUUGCCGAAAAAAGUCAAAUUAACUUAGACGUAGUUUUGAUUGAAAGGGCCAAAUAUUUACAGGCUUUAGGAAAAGAAGAAUUUGAUACGAGAUUUUUAAAAAUAGAAAAAUGA